AUGCUCAAUGACAAUGACUCUCCUUUGAGACGAGGGCACAAUGACUCCUACCUGAUAACUCGCUCCCGUGCUGGCUCUGUCAACACACCGAAUACCACCAUUGUCUCGCCAAGCGCGUCUCAGUCUCGAAAGCCCGAAGGCAAGUCGGAUUAUGGCCAAUUGAAGAGAGCUGUGCCCGGCCUAGUGGCUGCGGCUGCCCAUGCGGCAAUCCCCAGUUGGACAACCAUGAUCUUAAUGAUCUCUCUCAUCUUUGGUGGCUGUUGUGCAAAUGUCUUUGCACUGGAGGCAAUUAUCAAAGAACAACCUACUGCCGGUCCUUUGAUCACCUUCGCCCAGUUCGUGAUUUGCGCACUAUUUACCCUUCCAAGCUUCCUUUCCUUCUCCGCCGGACCACAAUCACUAUUCAUUAGUCCUCGCGCGAUCCCCUUGAAGUCGUGGGUGGUAUAUACAGCCUAUUUUGUGACGGUAAACCUCUUGAACAACUGGGCAUUCGCAUAUAAGAUCUCUGUGCCGCUGCAUAUCAUCCUGCGGUCUGCUGGCCCUGUAGCUUCCAUGGUGACUGGUUAUAUCUAUAAUGGAAAACGCUAUUCCCGAGGUCAGAUCGCUGCGGUGGCCAUGCUGAGCGUGGGCGUGGCAGCCGCAGCAUUGGCCGAUGCCCAGGCCAAAGGGAGGUCAAUCACAGUCGAGUCGCCUGAUACCGACGUCGACAUGAUGACUACUGUGACAGGGUUCACCAUCCUCGCUCUGGCAAUGAUUUUGUCCGCCUUCCAGGGAAUGUACGCGGACCGCCUAUAUACCACUUACGGCAGGGAUCAUUGGAAGGAGGCUCUCUUCUACUCGCACACGCUCUCGCUACCUAUAUUCUUCACAAGCUACGCGCAGCUGUUGUCUCAGUGGCGGGUGGUAGCUUCGUCACCAUCUUUGCUGUCUCAUCUCAACCGUGAUAUCUUGUUAGAUCCGUCUGUGUCGAGUUUAACGAAGAGUACUGCGUUCUCGGUGCUGGAUCAAAUCCAACACCACCCGUCCGUCCAGUCUAUACUUGCACAACUUCCCGUGCAAGUGGCGUAUUUGAUUAUGAAUGCCCUGACGCAAUACCUGUGUAUUCGUGGUGUUCACCUUUUGUCCGCCAAGUCGUCAUCAUUGACAGUCACCAUCUUUUUGAAUAUUCGCAAGCUGGUGUCGCUGCUCUUGUCAAUCUAUCUGUUUGGAAACCAUCUUGCUGGUGGUGUCUUGGCUGGAGCAGCCCUGGUGUUUGUUGGCGGUGGUCUGUAUGGCUUCGAGGGUGCCCGUCUACGGAGUACGACCAAGAAAAAUCAAUGA